CUUGGGAUGUCGACGGAAGAAGUUGAAUACGGCGAAUUGAGACGAAAGCUGAAGGAAUGGGAAAGCGAGUUCUUCUCUACGCAUGCACACAAACCAACCAAGGUUGACGUUGAUGCUGCACCGAUGGAAGUGAGAGAGAAGUAUGAAAAGUACAAACAAUUGAAGAAGAAAUCAAAAUCAAAAUCACAAGACAUAAAUGGCAGUAAGGAACGACGAGAAAGCCAUAUGUGUGAUGGAGUGUUUGGCGCGGCAUUUAAUAAAUCAAGAUCUAUAGACAAAGACACUCGGACAGAACGGAAGGAAGUCAGCGAGUCAAUUAUGAUGAAGCGGGUGAAACGUUGGGCAAUGGAGAGUUGCAGUUUGGCAAAGAGCAAGCAGACCUCCUCUCCUAGACAAGAGACAGUAGGCAUCGUGUCGAAACCAGAAGAGGAUAAUAAUGUACUGAAAUAUCUUGAUUCUAAUAUACCACUUCAGGACCAUUUUGCUACUUUAGAAGAGCUGAAGGGGUCAAGUCAGCUGCACAAGGUAGCAUGUGAUGAAGGUGUGGUUGUACUUCCUACAUUUCAUGGAUCGUCUUGUGGUUUGUCAAGAAGAUCUGGAGUGAGUAGGAAAAGGAAAUUUAACUUGAAGGCAGAAUGGUUGGAUGAACAUGAUCCAAACAAAGAAACACAAAGUUUGAUGAUUGACAAAAAAUUGGCAUCGACUGUUGAAUUUGAUGUUGAGACACUGAACCAAGAGCAUACGGUGUUACCGUCUUUGUGUGCACCUCCAGCUGUAACUCAUCUAAUACAAUCACAUGCACAAGUUGAUACUGGAAUUGAUGUUAAACAGUCAACAGUCUUGGAAACGAGUUAUGCCUUUGAAAAUACCUUCAUGCAGCAUGAUGAGAUAGCCUUCCCAAAUUUGGUUUCAAAUGGCACUGAUGAGUCGGUAUUUGGGUUGUUGUCUGUUGGAGAUGAAGCUGCUAGGCAAGAAAAUCACAGUAGAAUGAAUGAAUCUGAGUUGAAAAGUAUGACUGUAGCUUGCUCCAAGUCUCCAAUGCUGGAGAAGGGAAACAGAACUAGAACUAUCAGUAGUAAGGACAAUGGCAACUUUGUACGACUAAAUCUGAAGAGACGAUUUUAUAAACGGAAAGGACAUGGUUUAUCUGGUGCUCACAUCAAGAGACAAAUAUGGAAGAGCAAGAUGAAGAAAAAACUUGGUGGUGAUCUAGCACAUGGUAGAUGCUUUAGAUGCAAUGAAGAGGGACACUGGGCCAGUCAAUGCCCACAGAAGAAGUGCAGUAAGAGCACUGAGAUUGUUGAUGCGGAGGAGGAUUUCUGCAGUAAUGCAGAUGAUGAGUCUGAAAAUUUGUUGACAAUGAGUCAACAAGUCUGCUUACCCGAAUCAUUACCUGUGACUCAUGAAUGGGACGAACCAUGUCCACCUGCCUCUGUGUCUCCUCUUCAUUCAGUGUCAGAAGACAACACUUUGGCUGCUACACCACAGGAUGUGUACGAUGCUCUUGAGAUGCUUGGGUUUAGCCACUUUCGUCCAGGACAAGAGACUGCUGUGAUGAGAGUGUUAUGUGGUUUAUCUUCUAUUGUUGUACUGCCAACAGGAUCUGGAAAGUCUCUUUGCUACCAGUUGCCAGCGUAUUUGUACUCUAGACAUUCUCGUUGCUUGACGCUUGUCGUGUCACCACUUGUAUCACUGAUGGAAGAUCAACUACGUGGACUUCCUGCUUGUUUGCAAGGAGCUUGUCUACACAGUGGAUUAUCAAGCAAGCAAAGACAGACAGUGCUAAGUCGAUUGAAAGAAGGAGAUUUUGACUUGUUACUUGUGUCACCUGAGGUUGUUAUCAGUGGAUUUAUUGGUGGUGAGAUGCUUACAAAGCAAAUACCUCCUAUCGCCUUUGCUUGCAUUGAUGAAGUUCACUGUAUAUCCGAAUGGUCUCACAAUUUCCGUCCAUGCUAUCUCCAGCUCUGCAAGGUACUGAGAGAACGUUAUGGUGUGAGAUGUUUUCUUGGCCUCACUGCUACAGCAACUAGCGAGACAGUUGGGUCAGUGAGUAGACAUCUCCAUAUUGAUCAUCAGUCUGAUGCUGUGAUACGUGGAGGAACAAUUCCAGACAAUCUUCAAUUGUCAGUAUCUUGUGACACAGAUAGAGACAAGGCAUUGAUAUCACUCCUCACUGAAGGUUGUUUCAGUCAACUAUCUCCUAUUAUCAUUUAUUGUACACGACAACAAGAGACUGAACGAAUAGCUCAAUUGUUGAGAACGCAUUUUCAAGUCUCUCAGUCUCAGCCAUCAAAACGAAAGUUGAAUGGUGAUAAUCUGAGUCAGUCACCUGUCUGGUCUGCUGAAGCUUACCAUGCUGGACUGUCAGCCUGUCAAAGACAAAGAGUUCAGAAACAAUUUAACAGCAAACGGUUGCGAGUUGUGGUAGCAACAGUGGCAUUUGGCAUGGGCAUCAACCAAUCAGAUGUUCGUGGAAUCAUUCACUACAAUCUUCCUAAAAGCAUCGAGAAUUAUGUCCAAGAGAUAGGGAGAGCAGGCAGAGACGGGAGUCUUGCCUACUGUCAUGCAUUCAUUGAUGCAGAGGGUACAGAUCUCUGUGAGUUGAGACGUCAUGUGUACUCAAGUGCUGUCGAUGAGUGUUCCAUCAAACAAUUUAUCAGUAAGGUCUUACCUGUGUGUCAGUGUAAGGAGGCUUUCAGGAAUGGCUUGACCAAACUAUCAGAUGAGGGCUCAAAACAUGUAGAUUCAAGUCAAAGCUGUAGUGGUCAUGAGAUGUCUGUGAUCAUUCAACAGACUUGCUUGUCACUUGACCUGACGGAAGAGACGCUGUUGACGUUGCUAUGCUAUUUGGAGCUACAUCCAAAGAAGUUGUUACAUUGUUUUCCCCAAUCAUAUUCUACUUGCUCAAUCACAUGCUAUCGUGGUGCACGACAGCUAAAACAGUUCGCUUCCACAGUUCCCGCUGUGGCAGCUGCUUUUCUGUUAUGUAGAGAGAAGGGUCAAGAUGUAGAUGGAGUAAAUAGUGUGAAGUUCAAUAUUAUUGAGAUGAGCCGUAGAAUGGGAUGGGACUCAGCUGCUGUUAAAAGAGAACUUCGUCGCUUAGUGUGGGCACAAACUGAAUACGGUCCUAAGAAGACUGGAGUUAUCGUGGAGUUUUCAGACCUCAGUUUCCGAUUUUUUUCUGUUGGUAAUCUCAGUGAUGAUGAACGAGAUGAUUUGUGUGACUAUGUCAAUGACAAAGUGCAUGACCAGGUGGCACGAUCACUUACAAGGCUGAAGACCCUUCAUGACUACCUCUUGCAUGCAGCUCAGGUCACGUGGCAUUCCUCCAUAGGACGAGCCAAAUCAGACCUUAGCUCUCAACUCAAACACAACAUCAACUCUUAUUUGAUGCAGGAAUUCCACCCUCCUUGUAUGCCAAAUGAUAACACUCUAGCUGACAGUAUGGCAGGACAAUUGAGACGAGAUAUUAGAACCUUCUUGUCUGUACAUGGCAAUCAGUUUAGACCUCAAUCAAUUGCAAGAAUAUUCCAAGGGAUAUCUACACCGUGUUAUCCAGCAAACGUAUGGGGACGCACUCAAUUUUGGAGACGUUAUAUUGAUGUUGACUUUAAUGCUUUGGUGAAACUUGCUAUGCAAGAAGUGGUUCACUAUCUAUGA